GCACUCCAGCCAUGCUGCCUCGCAGGAAAGUCCCCCCAGGUCUGCCAGAGACACUGCGACGCGGAGCUGUCAAUUUCAGCCCAGUCGCGGCCGUGCUGCUGCUCGGGCGGUUGCUGCGCGUUAUGUUCGACUUCAAAUUGCCCGCUAUCGUGGUCGCGCUCACGGUGAUAGCGAGCGUUCCCGCGUUCUACAUGCUGCGCCUAGUGGCGCACAGGAGGCGCGUUCGCCGGGCGGCGAAGCGCGCGGGGGCUGUCCUGCCUCCCGAGUGGAAUGGUGAGAAAUUUGGCAAUAGGGACCUGCUUGUACGUGCUAUCGAGCGGUUCCAGAACGGGUAUAUAGGGGACGGUUUCUGGGAUAAAAUCGACGAGCUUGGCCAUUUGCAUGCCAUCACCAUCUACGGGGAUACUGCGUACAUCACCAAUGACGCCAAUGUUGUAAAGACCGUCCUUGCGACUGACUUCCAGGAUUUCGAGAAGGGGGAGGACUUCAGGGACAACAUGAACUCUGUUCUGGGAACGGGAGUAUUCAAUGUCGAUGGGGAAAUGUGGAAGUUCCACCGCAUGAUGACCCGUCCGUACUUCUCCCGGGAUCGGAUCUCUCAUUUCGAGCUGUUCGACCGGCAUACAGCCCUGGCCAUUCAGAAGAUCAGAGAACGCUUCAGGGGCGGGCACGCUGUCGAUUUCCAGGACGUCAUCUCGCGCUUCACGCUCGACAGCGCCACGGAGUUCCUCUUCGGCGCAUGCGUAAACAGCCUGCACAGCGACCUCCCGUAUGCCUACAACGACGCCGUCGCGCCGCAGUUCGCGCGCGCACCGAACGUCGCGGAGCGCUUCUCCGCGGCGUUCGCGGGCGCGCAGAACGUGAUCUCGAUGCGCACGCGCGUCGGCUGGUUCUGGCACCUGCAGGAGCUGCUGAACGACCGGUCUGCGGAGCACAUGCGCGUCGUCGACGAAUUUUUGCAGCCGAUCUUGGAGGAGGCGAUCGCGAAGAACCGCGCGGCGAAGGCGCAGCUGGAGGCGACGGGGGAGAAGGGGUCGGAGGAGGACGAGACGUUGUUGGACCAUCUGGUCAAGCUGACUGAUGAUCCUGUCGUUCUUCACGACGAGACGUUGAACAUCCUCAUCGCCGGGAGGGAUACGACUGCUGCGACGCUGACAUUCGUGGUCUAUCUGAUGAGCCUCUACCCCCACGUCUUCCAGCGCCUGCGGGCAGAAGUGAUGGAGAAGGUUGGUCCUUCUCAGAUGCCCUCUUUCGACGACGUCCGGAACAUGAAGUAUUUGAGGGCUGUUAUUAACGAAACGCUUCGCUUGUACCCCAUCGUGCCUUUCAACGUCCGGGUCGCAACUCGCGAUACGACCUUGCCCAACCCGGACCCAAGUGCGCCACGGGUGUUCAUCCCUAAAGGAACAGCUCAAGCGUAUUCGGUAUUUUUGAUGCAUCGCCGCAAGGAUUACUGGGGUCCCGAUGCCCUCGACUUCGACCCCGACCGGUGGUUGGACGAGCGGCUGAACAAGUACUUCACCGCCAACCCCUUCAUCUUUGUGCCCUUCAACGCAGGGCCACGUAUCUGCCUGGGACAGCAGUUCGCGUACAACGAGAUGUCGUUCUUCCUCAUCCGCCUCCUGCAGAACUUCUCACACGUGGAGCUAGACCUGUCCGCCCAACCUCCGGACGCGCGGCCGCCCGCGGAAUGGGCGAGCGCCGAGGGUCAGAAGGGCAGAGAGCAAAUCAUCCCGAAGUGCCAUCUUACGCUCUAUGUCCUUGGCGGGCUGUGGGUCAAGAUGACCGAGGCCGAGCGGGAUGCUUGAUUGUGACCACGGGCCAACUGGUGCUCGCCAGCCAAGGUGACCGUGCUGUAUAAAAGUGUAUCAUUAGCGAUGAAUAUUAGUCGAAUUCCCG